UGCAGUGCAGACGACAGUGUGAAAAUGGCGUCUGUCAGCAGCUCGAGCUCGUCAGGAUCAGAAGACGAGAGCAACGACAAGCAGGCAGCCAGCACCAGUGGCAGUUCAAACCCAUUUGCAAACAUGAUAGACCCAGACUUUGACAUGAGCAAAGUCCCAGAGACUGAAGACAUCCGCAUCGAGCAGUACUUCAGCAAGGAAGAGCUGGCAGAGCUCAGCAAGAUCGAGAUGACGCGAUAUCGGAACAUGAAGCGUAACUACGAUGUCAUGAGGAUGCUUGGUCUGCCUGGUAAGAAACCCUACUUCAUGGAAAGGAACAGGCGUAGCUUGGUUCAGCCCAAGGAGCCCCCCACCCCACCUCUCACCAGCAGUGAGGAGGAGGAAGAUGAGGAAUGGACACCUGAGCUGGAGAGGAAGAAGAACCAGCGGCCAAAGAAACCUUGGUUCCUGUUGCCACCCAAAAAACCCAGGAUGUCAAAACCCAAACCUAAGACUACUGGUCCACAAAAAAAUUCUAAGGUAAAAAAGAAAGCAGAAGCAACAGUAAGCAAAGCUCCCAGUGAUGAUGAUGUGGCAAAGACAUUCCUGGGGUUCCAAGCUGAGGAGGUGGCUGAGAUCCGGGCUGCCACUGCAGCUGGCCUUGCAGAGCUGGAGAAGAAGAUGAAGGCUCUGGAACUAGAGAUCCAGGAAGAGGAGGCUGCUGGACCACAGGAUGGACAGGAGGAGGGCUCAGAGUCAGACAUCAGUACUGAUUUGGAGGAAGAGCUGCUGACCACCACACUGCAACCACCAAAGCUGCAGGAACUGAAGGAGCCAGAGCCAGUGGUGGAUAGGGAGGAGACUCAGAGGAGUCGCUACCCAAAGCGCAACAUUCCACGAAAGAACUACAAGGAAGUAGAACUUCCAGAUGAUGACCACUAUUUGUUCUGUGAAGACUGCAAUGAGCUGUAUGAGGGAGACUGUCCCGUCCAUGGUCCAUUGACUGUCGUGAAGGACAAGGUAGUUCCCAAGGGAGAACCCAACAGGGCAGUCCACACCCUUCCAGACUACUUGUCUGUGUGUCCCUCCAAGAUCAAGGGGGCAGGGGACGGGGUCUGGCUGGAUGGACAGGCCAUGCCCAAGAACCUGGUGUUUGGGCCAUACGAUGGGAAAAUCACCGGGCCUGAGAUAGGGCUGACAAGUGGAUAUGCAUGGCAAAUCUCCAAGAACGACAAGGUGAAGUACUACAUUGACGCCACUGACGUCACCAAGAGCAGCUGGAUGCGUUACGUCAACUGUGCGCGGAAUGAGGAGGAACAGAACCUGGUGGCCUUCCAGUACUACAGGAACAUCUACUACCGCACCUACAAGACCAUUCCCCCUGGCACCGAGCUGCUGGUGUGGUAUGGGAACGAGUACGCCAAGGAGCUGGGCAUCUCAGAAAAGGAAGAGACAGAAGGCGAGGAGCCCAAUAAGCAAAAGCAAAGUAUCCAGGUCUCCAGACAGGUGCAGUUGCAGGCUACAGGUGUGGGAGGUAUCCAGACAGGUGCAGUUGCAGGCUAUGGGUGCAGCAGGUGUGGGAAGCUGUUCUCCACCCAGGACUACCUGGACAGACAUGUGAAGACUCAUGCAGACAUGUCAGGGUCAAAACGGUUCAAGUGUCAACACUGUAAUUAUUCAACUGACAAGACAGACCACUUAAAGAUUCACAUGAUGACCCACACAGGAGAGAGACCAUUCAAGUGUCUGACUUGUGGGAAGGGUUUUACACAGAAGUCACACCUGCGGCCCCACCAGCGGGUUCACACUGGUGAGAAACCCUACAGGUGUGAGGAGUGUGGAAGGUCAUUCAAUGUCCAGGCAAACCUGACCAAACACAUGUUAACACAUACUGGCCUGAAGCAUCAUGUCUGCACAGAGUGUGGGAAGGGAUUUACGAGGACAGAUUGUCUACAGGCACACAUGAGGAUCCACACUGGUGAGAAACCAUUCAAGUGUGAACACUGUGACAUGAGGUUUACAAAGAGAGGCAGUUUGAAGGGCCAUGUUAUCUGCAUUCACACUAAGGAGCUUCCCCACAAGUGCCAGGUGUGUCACAAGGGUUAUACUAAACCAAAUCAACUGAGAACCCACUUGCAGGAAGUGCACAGUAAUUAA